AUGCCACGUCGGCAGGCCCGAGUGGGAUGGGAGCGAUCGAUGGUCGUCAUGCUCUGCAGCGUUGCUACGGCACAUGCCGCCGUCGAGAUCGCCGCUUCAUCACGCAUGAACGCCAGCGCCGUUCGACAUGAAAUUGACCGUAUCCUUGAUCGUACUCAGCGUAGCGGCGCGUACACAGGAGUCAGUCGCCGAAGCUGCAGCCGCACUCAGCAGCACCCUGCACGCAAUUCGCCUACGCUAUCGCCUCUCUCCCGCCGCCCGCACACUUUGCCGGAGGAGCGCAAAUCUGACGCGAUUCGUGUCCGCCUAUCCACAUCCUCAUUCCAUCUCCAUCCUAUCCCCAUCCCCAUCCACACACCACCAGCUUCUUCUUCAUCAUCACCACCAACACCUCGCGUGUCUUCCACCACCAGCGCUGACCUCAACCCAUCCGCCUCUUCUAGACUCAUCACCAACGCCGCCUCGCCGUGCUUUCGUCUUGCCUGUCCACCCAUACACCGACGUCGCGCUGCCCUACCCCUCGCUCGUUCCUGUGGCCCACCACACCUACGCCCUGCACAUGCCGUCUCCGUCUACCUAGCAACGCCGCCUAAUCUCCAACACAUGCACUUCCGCUUCUCCUGA